UUGGUGGAAGUAGGUUGUCAAGUUUGCAGUUUCAUCUGACGAAACUCGACCGCUCUCCACGCCUCUCGAAAAUUUGCUGCACGGUUUGCAAACCGAAGCAACUUAUUUGGAAGGAUAAUACUAAAUUCACUUCAUCAUUGCCCCCAAAAAAAAUAAUUUGAUUUAAAAAAGGAUCAAAACAUCACGACUCAUUUGCAUGAUUCAUAUUUUAAUGCAUUAAACUUUUUCGAUUAAUAAAUUUAAAGGAUUGGAAUCUCUUCGCAGCUAUUAGCGCCGAAGGAAGAAUUGAGCACAUUUCUCAAUAAUGGCGGAUUAUCAGGAGAUGUGGCAGGAUAUCGAAAACGUGCUACUGGAAGAAUGUAAGAUGAUCAGUAGUCAAGAUGGCGUCAACCUGAAAGUAGACGACUCGCCAGUUUAUCAGCCUCCUAGUAACAUCGUCCAGCAACCAACUGAUCAAUACAAACCAUACGACGCAAAUCCCUACAGCAACAGACCAUCCAGUUUUAUCCAAGCUUCAUCUCCCUCGAACAUCCCACAGCAGCAGGCAUCGAGAAGUCCCUUAUCUGCACCGAGUCCACCUUCUUGGAGGCUCGCUUGCCUGCCAACGGAUCAUGGUUCUCGAGAAGGUGUUGCUUCGUUCCCAGAAAUCAACUCGGUGAACAAAAUUACUUCCACUUUACCUCCCAUUGCCGAAAGACUUCUAUCAGAACCUCCGUCUUAUGACUCGUUAGAUGGAAGCGCCCUUACUUUUGGUACAUCUGUUGCGCCCCCCGCCCCGGAGUUGUGUUCAAUAAAUUCACAUGGUGACGCUCAAUAUACUUUCAGUCCGCCUCUAUCUAUUUCUGAUAGUUCAUCAUCGUCGCAACAAAACCAUCACACUUGCGUCGAAUCAUCAUUUCAAACCAACGCGAUGGCCCCUCUUCCUAGUGCAGAGAGCGCUAAUCUUCCAACGCUCAUAUCCCAUGUUAAGCAGGAAAAGGAUUUUACCAUGCCGCCAAAUUAUGAAGUUUCUCCCGAUGGAUCUCUUAAAACUAGCUAUCAUAUUAAUCGUGGUAUUCAGGGUGUAUCUACCAACCUUGCUGCAUGCACUGGCUACCCAAACAACAAAAUAAUUGAAACCAGCAGCGACAAAACAUACUUCCUUCUCGGAGAGGAAUUUUACUCGGGAUGUUUACCUCCUCAUACUUCAUAUGGCCAUUUACCUGGAAGCUAUGAUACCCAUUCACCUGGGAUACGUUGGGACUCGAGGGAAAUUAUCACAUCGCAGAGCAAUCAGCUGAAUUUUAGUUCCCAUCAAUGCGGAUGUUUCCCUUCAGUUUCCCUGCAGUCGAUGAAUGGACUUAAUAACGGUUGCCUGUACCCACAUUGCAAUGCAAAACUAGGAACCGCAAAAAAUAUUCUAACGCCACCUUCGUCACCGUCACUCAAGAAUUCAGAUGAACAUAUUACGGGAUCGAAAGGUUUGCAGUGUAGAGCGACGCAUUGCAUGGCGAUCCCUGAUCCUCAGCGAACUUUCAGUGUUACCCCGCGAUGCCCCUUGACGAAAAUGAAAGUGAAGAGACGACGCAGAACUUGGACCCGGCGUCGCAGCGUGGUGCACACUUGCUCGCACUCGGGUUGUGCCAAGACCUACGCCAAGUCAUCGCACCUCAAGGCCCACAUGAGGACCCACACCGGAGAAAAGCCCUACCAAUGCGACUGGAAAGGCUGCGGGUGGAAAUUCGCGCGUUCUGACGAACUGACGAGGCAUUACCGCAAGCACACCGGCGACCGCCCCUUCCAGUGCAGACUUUGUGCCAGGGCGUUCAGCCGCUCCGACCACCUCAGCCUGCACAUGAAGAGGCAUAUGGCAAUGUAAUUUUCAAACUAAAAUCUAUGUAUUAUUAUUUCAGCGAUCGACUUCAUAAAACUUUUUAAGAACUACUCCAGUGCAAUUUGUCUCAUUCCGAUUCUAUUAUAAUAAGUUCGUUAUCAUUCUCACGCCUGCGUUAAAUAACUUAAGGCGACUGCUUUAGUUCGAUCUCUAAUAUUAAUUUCAGCCUUUUCCAGCUUUUGAAUCUAAUAGGGCAUUUAACAAAAUUGCUUUGUAUAUGUAAGGAUUGCUCUGACGUUGUUAUUGUCGGAUUUACGCUCGGUUUUAAUCCAGACAAAAUGUUAAUGUUAAGUUGACCCUUGCAAUUCUCUCAGUGCCAUGUUAAUGUCUAAGUUUUGAUUUUGUGCCAUGAAUGUCAAUAUAUUGAGUGUCAUUCUAAUUUUUCAGACAUAACCUAGCUGCGUGUUAAUAUUUAAACUUUACUAUGUUGUUUAACUUCAAAGUUAUCGAUUUCUAUGAGAUUAAUAAUAGCAUACAUGUCGCCGUUGUAAGAAUCAACUAAGAUCUUUCCUUAAGCAAAACAAGCUUUAUUGAUGGUUGAACAUCGUCUUCAAAUUAAUGUCCACGAGAACUAGAAAGAGAUAACAUUUUGCUUUCAAUAUAUUGGAAAACAUAAUUAGUUCGUAAUUUAAGUACCUUUGUUGUUGUUACUAACAAAAGUAAUCUUAUGUCAAAUGAAAGUAUAUAUAACCACGAUAAAGUGAUUGAAUAACAUAGUGAAAUCACUUCAAGCAUGGGCCCACU